UUCUUGAUCUAACAUUUAAACCUCUCAAAAUCCACCGUUGGAUUCUCAAAUAAUUGAUCCAACCGUGUAAAAUGCUUUGAAUUGAAUUUCAAAAGGUUAGGACAGUACAAAAUUGGAGGAAAUGCCUACACUCAUGCUAAUUCUCUCUCUUCUUCUAGAAAUCUGAAAAUUUUCGCCAUUAAAGGGAAGCUUUUCAACAAUUUCUUUACCUUCUCCGGCUCAGGAGGUUUUAAACGACACCGUUUAUUCUGAUGAUUUUUGUAAAUUAUCAUUUUUGGAGGUUUUGAGUUUUUCAAUUAUUGAUUCAUCAGAUAGGGGAAAUCAGGGAUUUUGAUCUUUUUUUUUUUUUUUUUUUCAAUUAUCGAUUUAAAAAAUUUUUAAUAUUUUUUUUGUUAGAAAAUUGUGUAUCUUGAGAUUUCUUAAAAUGGAAAGAGGAGAAAUGAAGUCGGUAACGACGGCGGCGAUGCCAUCUUCGUCAUCGGAAUUUGGUCAAAAGAAAUUAGCUCGACAAUUGGAUUUUACGCCGGUUCAGAAUUUUCCGGUUCAACAAUUAACUGAGGCGGUUCCAGCUCUACAACAAGUUGCGGAUACUGUAGCUAGGUCGCCAAUGGAGACUCCAGCAGUCGUGCUAGAAUCACAAAGAACUCAACUUCAAGCUAGUGUGAUUGAAGUUAAAGAUGGCACUCCCAAGAAGAAAAGACAAUGUAAUUGCAAAAACUCGCGAUGUUUGAAAUUGUAUUGUGAGUGCUUUGCUUCUGCGACUUAUUGUGAUGGUUGCAAUUGCACAAAUUGUCACAAUAAGGUGGAGCAUGAGGCUGCCAGGCAAGAAGCUGUUGUAGCAACGCUGGAGCGAAAUCCUAAUGCGUUUAAACCUAAAAUUGCUAGUAGUCCACAUGGAUCUAGGGUAGGUAAGGAGUAUCCAAAGCAUGGGUUUUUUUAUUUCUUGAAAAAUAAAAAGCAAGAAACUGGACCAGCACCACCACUGGGACAGCAUAAUAAGGGAUGCAAUUGUAAAAAAUCAGGAUGCCUAAAGAAGUAUUGUGAGUGCUUCCAAGCAAAUAUUCUAUGUUCGGGCAACUGUAAAUGCAUCGAUUGCAAAAAUUUUGAGAGUAGUAAAGAGAGAGAGGCUCUCUUCCCUGGUAACAACUAUACUACCAUGAUACAUCAAGCUGCAAAUGCGGCAAUUAAUGGUGCAAUUGGGUCCUCUGGCUAUGGAGCAUCUCCAGAGUCAAGAAAAAGAAGUCGACAAGAACUCUUCAAUUGCAUGUACAAUAAUCAGCCUAUUUACCAUAAUCCACAUUAUAUUCAGGGAAAUUAUGUGAAAUCUACCACUUCAUCUCAUCCAUCUAAGCCAGGCUCCAAUUGUCCUAGUACCCAAGCUGUUUCCAAAGUCAAAUAUAGGUCACCACUAGCCGGAGUCAUUCAACCCCAGGAUGUCAAAGAACUUUGCUCCCUUUUGGUGAUAGCUUCAAAGGAGGCAGCAAAGAGUUUUGCUGAUCGAAACAACAAUGUAGAUUAUCAACCGAAGGAUGAAGCUAAACUUCCUAUUCGUUUUGAAUUGGAAGGGGAAGUGGGGGAACAAAAAGAAUUAAGCACCAGAGAUGUGCAAAAUGAGUCAACUGAUAAGCAAGGUGCUAAAAUAUGUACGGACAGUUCUGUGUUGGAUGCAAGUGAUGGAUUAAAUGGAAGGCCAGUAUCUCCGGGAACUAUGGCAUUGUUGUGUUAUGAACAGAAAACGAUACUGAUGGAGGAAGGUUCAAGAGGACUUACCGUCGAUAAGAAAACUAAAACUUCUGACACAUCGAAUGAGCAGAAGUUAAGUGAAAGUUUCAUGGAACAAGAAAGGAUGGUGUUAACCAAUUUUCGUGAUUUUCUUAACCGACUUAUUACUUGCGGUAGCAUUAAAGAAACAAUGUGUUCUUCCCUACUGAAAGAUGCAAGAAUUCAAGGAAAUUCCUUAAACCUUAAUGGUUUCAAGGAUGUGCAUCCCACCAAUGGCGUCACGAAGCAACAUAUUCCCAUUCCUAAUCAAGCAACGGCAGAAAAAUCAGGUCCUACAGCUGAUAAAAAGGUCCUUCAUGUGGUGGAGGACAUUGUUGUCCUUGACGCAGUCUCCGAAUAGGAGGAGGAGGAGGGGUAUAGCAUUCAACCUUUAAAGAAGGAAGCAAGCCCCAAUGUCUCCUUAUCCUGCUGGGUAGGUGGUUGUGACUGCUGGGACCAAUGGAGGCGCCUGAGAUUAAGGCGAUUGAUGUUGAGUCGGUCGUCCUUGUGCCGACCUUUACCAGACAAAUUUCUCCAGAGUACUCUUCCAUAGGUCUGGAUUUACUAGACUUAAACAAACCUAUUUGCCUUCGAUGUUUCUCAAGGGGAGGAAACAUCUGGUAUGGAUGCUCUUUCAGGAUAGAUUAGUUCACUGAAUCACCUUGCUUGUCUCUUAUCUCUUUUCAUGGUAUUGCAACCUUCACUCCUGGUCCCCAGUCACUCUUUUUUACGCUUCUAGGGUGGUUGCAGUGGACGAGUUGCCUCUGGUCCAGGGAGGCAAUUCUCGAAGCUGGGGACGGUUACCCUCUAGUUGUAAAAAUGGAGGUGUGAUUCCUGACAAUCCUCCAGAGCAACCCUUCCAGGUUGAGAUGGAGGAGAUUGAUGAGGUUGGGGAGACCCGUUAAGAGGGGCCAGUUGUGGUCCUACCUCUUCAGGAUUCUCCUCCAGGUACUCAGGUUGAAGGUGCUGGUAAGGCUGGGUUUUCUGUAGUUGAUGUUUUUCUUCAGUUACACCUAUUCUGAAUUUUAUGUUUUCAUCUCAUGCAGUGCGUCCAGACAAAAGGAAACAUGUUGCUAAGUGUCCUCUUAUUGAGAAACUAUCUCAUGUUUGUUUGAGGGGCAUAGAAAUGAGACUUAAAAUUUUUGGGAGAAAGUCUCACAAAAAUAUAUUAUUUAAGGGCGGAACAUUUAUGGUAAGAUUUGAGAAGCAAAAUCUCAUUCUCAAGUCUUAUUGCCAAAUGAACCCUUAAGAUAAGGACUAUGUAUAACACAAGUUGACAAUUCAAUUAAAAAAGUAUUCUAUUUGUUGUUUGUCCUAUAAAUUGUAAAUAAAUGAUAAUCAAAUAUUUACAAUUAUAAAGGUGGACAAGACAACUCCAGUCCUUGAGUAAAGUUAGGUGCUUAAGGUAGGGUCAUUUUUGCAUUUUGUGUUACAUUGGUCAAAAUGUCAAGAUCAUAAUCAAAGUUGAUCUUUUUUACUUAAUACCUUUAGAAUGAAAGAUGUGUGGUUUUGAAAACAAGAUUUGUGCACACCUUUAUAAUCUUGAGAGUUUGAGAGUAUUUAAGAAUGUUUCGUGUGUAACUCGUUUCUUUUGUUUGAUUCAAAACCAUCCAUUUAGACCAUGCUAUGUAUAACUUCCAAUUAGUUUUAUUUGACACAAAUUUUCAAAUGAGAUGGUUUCAUGGUGAGAGCAUUUCUAUUAGGCUGACUCAUUGUAUAUAUAUUGUCUUAAACUGAUCAUUUAUAAUUUUAAAGUAGCCGUCAACCAAAAUAGGCAUGUUUAGUCUAGUCUGUGUAUACACGUCCAAUACACUGGCACAUCGCAUGUCCCUUGGUAGUGCUAUCGCUAACUCUUUCCAUCUGUUGUCAAUCACAAAUUUUCUCAAAAUUUUUUCUGCAAUAUUGACAAAUCGUCCAGGCUAAUGGCUCAUCAAAGCUUUGAUGAACCAUUUUAUACGUAUCAAAACUAUAUGAAUUUGGAUCAUUUUGUCUCAUUGGUCUAACUUGACCAUUUAUCAUGAAAAUGUAGAGUUCUAAAAAAUACAUAAUUUCAUCACUCUUUGCUUUCUUUUUGGUGGAAAAUCUAGAAC